AUGGCUACUUCUCUGUCGAAUCAAUUUCUAUUAGGUUGUUGUUCAUGUUCUUCUUCGUCUUCAUUCCCUUCCAAAUCUCUUCAACAACCCAAAUUUGCACGCUUUCCAUCUCGUCCCUUUUCCGCCUCCAACACUAUCUUAGGGUUUCCAACCCCCCUUUCCUCUCUCCAUCGAACCUCACUCUUCGCUUCUUCCCAAAUAAAUAACGAAACAAAGGAGAUUCAGUUCGAUGAACAUCAAAAAACUUUACCCAGCUUAGUGGUUCUUAUUGAAGCAUACAAGAAAGCUUUUCUUACCGGCGAUGAAAAGAUUGCAUCGGAGUUUGAAGAAAGAAUACAAUUGAAGGAGAAUGAGAAGAAUAAAUUGGUUCAGAAACUGUCUACUUUAUCGGUUGAUAAAGUUUCGGUUAAGGAGCAGUAUCUUCGUUUACAAGCGGAUUUUGAUAACUUUAGAAAAAAAUGUGACAAAGAGAGAGUUGGCAUUCAAUCUGAUGCCAAACAAGGGUUCAUUAAGAAGCUUUUGUUGAUGGCGGAUCAUUUCGAGAGAGUUAAACAACAAAUUGAAGUGGCAACGGAGAAAGAGAAGAAGAUUGAUGUGAGCUAUCAGAGUAUUUACAAGCAGUUUGUUGAGACUUUGAGGAGUCAUCAUGUUUCAGUGGUAGCAACAGUUGGCAAGCCUUUUAAUCCUUUGCUUCAUGAAGCCAUUGCACGCGAGGAGUCCGAAGUGUUCAAGGAAGGGAUUAUAAUUAAAGAAUCCCGACGAGGUUUCGUCCUUAAAGAUAAGGUUUUAAGGCCAGCAUUCGUGAAGGUUUCCUUAGGUCCUGGGAAUAAGAAAUCUUCAGUGGCACCUGCCAAGCCCGUGGAGCAGCCUUCAACAGCAGCUAGAAUUGAUGAAAGAUAA